AUCACAGCGCGGAAGUAAUCCUGGAAGAAAACGUCCUCGCGGUUCCCCCACGUGUCUGUGCGCCACGCUCUCAUGGCUGCGGUGAUGCAGACAAACAUGGGAGAGCUCGAGGACAGCACCGUGAGACCCAAAGUCACCGAUGCUAAAGGCAUUCUCAAACAGAACCGACAGUUCCUGGAUUACUUCUGGGACAUCGCGAAACCCGAGCGAGAAGUCCGCCUCAAAGCGAUUGAGGACUUGAUCGAACGCUUGAAGCAGAGCGAGAAGCCGGAUGAGUUGAAGUAUUCACUGAAGAGACUAGUGGACGGUCUUUCUCACACGAGAGAAGACGCUCGGUCAGGAUACAGCGUUGCGCUCGCUCAGCUGCUGAGUGUAUUUGAGGAGAUCUCACUGAAAUCCACACUAGACAGCGUCAAAGAAAAGCACAACCUCCAGACAGCCAAAAAGAAAUUCAUCAGAAAUGCAGCGUUUGGGAAUUUCUUUGGUGUGCUCGCCCUGUCUCAGUCCACACGUCUGCAUAAGGAGCCGCAGGUCAUGUUGGAGUGUGUGCAGCUCCUGCAGAGUCUGUCCCGGUACAGAGAACACCUGAGAGACCUGCCCAGAAAAACCAUGGUCGACAUCCUGUCAGAGACAUCGAAGGAGGUGUUUGAAGAGGUGCUCCUGAGCGCCCUGCAGUCUGACCUGACCUCUGCCCUCAACACUCCCGAGCAGCUCGAGCUCCUCCUGGUGGCCAUGCAGAAGUUCCCCUCUGUGCUCAAACCCAAAAAACUCAAGAAACUAUUAGGAACCACAGCAGUCAUUACUAAAGAGAACAUGCCAAAGCUGGUGGAGGUUUUAAAGACGGCCGCUCGCUCUGUGAAGAAGGACAACAUUCUGCCCCCAGUCACGUUUGACUUGUUACAGGCGUCUCUGCGGGAGGACAACUUCGAGAUGUUCUGGAAUGAAGCCAUUAUCAAAGGCAUGCUGUCAGAGAUGCCUGGUCCCACACAUUAUUUAGGUUUCCGGUUAUUGGGAGCAUCUCUGCCGCUGCUGUCAGUCCCUGAGCUCGAGUUUGUCCUGUCCGGUGAUGUGAUGAGAUACUACGGUCAACACAUGCUGUCCGCACAGCUGGCAUACCGAUUCAAGUUUGCUCCAGAAAUGGAGAAGUACGUGAGUGAGUUCAUGCAGGGCUGCCCUGAUGCUGACAAACAGCUCGUCGUGGCGCUCGGCUUCACUCAGCUCACUAACCAGGGCUACCCCGUGGUCCCGUCCUCCUGGAAGGUUCUGGAGCACAUGGAUCUGUGUGCGCUGCAGCAGUAUGUGGAGUGGCUGAUGAAGGCCUUCUGCAAGCCCCAGCUGGAGAAAUGCCUGGACUUCAGCACCCGCAGACAGAAAGGAAACCAGGAGUCUGAAGUAGAGAGUGACAGCUGUGUUGCCAGGUUUCGUAAAUGGAUCGUUCAACGCCUCUCUUUCAUUGUGGAAAACCAUCAGAUUAAGAAAGAGGAGGGUCUUGUCAUGAAAAUGGCUAGGUUUAUUUUCUUCCACGCCUUCUUUGAUGUGAAGAAACCCACUCCAGAAAUCCCUGAGACGGUGCAGGCUCUCUCAGUGCCCAUAGAUCAACAAACACGAGCCACUAUCUCUUCAGCCUUCUACGGUCUUCUGCAGGGCUUGAACUCGAUGGCUGUGCUAGGAGAUUCUCCUGAGGCGGAGAGGCUGAACUCCAGGAGGAUUCUGGGUGUGAAAGCUGAUGGAAGCAUGUGGAUCUACUGUGUGGUCCAGUACGCCACCACGCUGCUCAACCAGAGCAAACACGUCCAGAGCGUUCAGACCCUGAGUCCAGAGCAGAGGCAGGGCUGGGACAGUAUGCUGGAAUCAGUGGAGGCCUUGAGGAAAAAAGCAAAGAAGUCUUCUUCACCUGAACACACGGCAUUUCAGCACCUCUUCCUUCUCGUUGGGAUUCAGAUGUUCAGGGCUCCAGAUGAAAGUUUGGAGUUGUUGAAUGAUUUGCGGACCUGUGUGGAGAAAGCUCAGGCUAAGAAAUCUAAAAAGAAGAAAGCGAAUGGCGAGAGCUGUAAUGAGGAGCCGCACUGGGUGGAGGUGGUUGUUGAGAUCCUGCUGUCGCUCCUGUCUCAGCCCAGUCGUCUCAUUCGCAGUGUGUGUAAAGCUGUGUUUAGCCGUAUCUGUCCUCACCUCACCCAAGAAGCGCUCAGCUCCAUCCUGAACGUUCUAGACCCCAACAAGGAUGAGGAUGAAAGCGGUGUUAUGGUGACUGAUGAGAAGGAGAAAGAGAAAAAGAGAAAGCGUAAAGAGGAGGACAAGCAAGAUGAUGAGGAGGAGGAUGAAGAGGGUUCUGAUUCCUCCUCUGAUGAUGAUGAUGAUGAGGAUGAAGCCAUGGAGGAAGGAAAAGAGUUGGAUCAGAAAUUCCGUUUGGAUUUGAUGAAGGUUCUGCAGGGUCAGAACGCUCUGGCCACUGAAGAGGAUGGCAGUGACGAAGAGGAACUGGAUGAUGCGGGCAUGAUGAAGCUGGACGGAAGCCUGGCUGCUCUCUUUCUGGAGCAGAAGAAAAAGAUCCAGGCCAAAAAAGACGAGAAGGACAGACUCCGCAAAGAAAAGGUCCUCGUUCGGGACUUCAGGAUUAAAGUACUGGACAUGGUGGAGAUGUUCUUGAGCAAACAGGGGAGCAGCGCUCUGGUUCUUGGGAUGGUGGAACCGCUGCUCAGCGUGAUCGAGAACGGGAUGAGCUCCGAAACCAGCCAACAGGAGCAGGACUUCCUGCGCAGGGCUGCAGACAUCUUCAGGAAUCGACUCUGUCGUGCGAAGUAUUACUGCAGGGAAACCGACGGACGAGAGGCGGAGCUUCAUGAAAUGCUUGAGCGUCUGAUUGGUCGAGCCCAGAAGCUGACAGACUCGUCUGUGUCUCUGUACUACUUCAGUGCUGCUCUCUAUGUGGUGAAGGUGUUAAGAGGCAUUGUGAGUGAACAGGACUCUGCAAACGCACCGUCAACACCGGCAGAGCUAAGGCUUAUGGGUAAAGUGGAUGUUGAGAGGGUCACGACUUGCUUCAGAAACGCGUUGACAUCUUUCUUGACGAAGAGGAAAAGCCCUCUCACUGGAGCCAUGUUCAUCGACCUCUUCAGCAGAUUCCCUGUGUUGUAUGUGAACAUGUUGGACACGGCUGUGGAGAACAUCACUGCUGGAGUGAGGGAACAUCAGCAGGGUCAGGCAUGUCUCAUGGUGCUCAGGGCCCUGCAGUCUAAAGACGUGAAGAACCUGAUGUCUGAUGCCCAGGGAACUGAGCUGCAUCAGAAAGUUGUGGACCAACUCACCAAGGUAGACUUUUCACCAUUUAAUGGUCAGCACUCUUGA